AUGAAUACCGCUACCUCUACCCCUCUCGGUGGUGCGAUGUCUGCCACCGUCCCCCCAACUAAUGUUAAUGUAAAUGCUACUGCCAAUAAUGCUAACAGCCCAAAUGCUAAUUCAUCCACUUUAAACCCAAACGCUUUGACUAGCAAUUCAACUGCACAAAACACAAAUAGUGCCACCAGAGACGAUUCAACAAUUGUUGGGCUUCAUUAUAAGAUAGGUAAAAAAAUUGGUGAGGGGUCCUUUGGUGUUUUAUUCGAAGGUACUAAUAUGAUUAAUGGAUUACCUGUAGCAAUUAAAUUUGAGCCAAGGAAAACAGAAGCUCCCCAAUUGAAAGAUGAAUAUAGAACUUAUAAAAUAUUGGCGGGCACUAAAGGUAUACCAUUAGCAUAUUAUUUUGGUCAGGAAGGCUUGCAUAAUAUCUUGGUCAUUGACUUAUUAGGUCCUUCGUUGGAAGAUUUAUUUGAUUGGUGUAAUAGAAGAUUCUCUAUCAAAACUGUUGUUCAAGUUGCAGUCCAGAUGAUUUCUUUAAUCGAAGAUGUUCAUAACCAUGAUUUAAUUUAUAGAGAUAUUAAACCAGACAACUUCUUAAUUGGCAGACCUGGCCAACCAGAUGAAAAUCAUAUUCAUUUGAUCGAUUUCGGUAUGGCAAAACAAUAUAGAGAUCCAAAGACCAAACAACAUAUCCCAUACAGAGAAAAAAAAUCCUUGAGUGGGACUGCAAGAUAUAUGUCUAUAAAUACUCAUUUGGGUAGAGAACAAUCAAGAAGAGACGAUAUGGAAGCUCUUGGCCAUGUCUUCUUUUAUUUCUUAAGAGGUCAAUUACCAUGGCAAGGUUUAAAGGCACCAAAUAAUAAACAAAAAUAUGAAAAGAUUGGUGAAAAGAAAAGAUCAACAAAUGUUUAUGAUUUAUCCCAAGGUUUACCAAUUCAAUUCGGUCGUUAUUUAGAAAUCGUGAGAAAUCUAUCCUUUGAAGAAACUCCCGAUUAUGAAGGUUAUAGAAGAUUAUUAUUGUCUUCAUUGGAUGAUAUUCAUCAAUCCCCUGAUAGCCAAUAUGAUUGGAUGAAAUUGAAUGGUGGUAGAGGUUGGGAUUUGGCUAUUAAUAAAAAGCCAAAUCUACAUGGUUAUGGUCAUCCAAAUCCACCAAAUGAAAAAUCGAAGAGACACAGAAAUAAAAUGCAUAAUCAACAAGCUGCUCAAGCCGCACAAGCGCAACAAGCUCAACAAGCCCAGUUACAACAAGCUCAGCAACAUCAAGCUCAACUACAACAGGCUCAACAAGCUCAACAACAAGCUCAACAAGGUCAAUUGAAUAAUAAUAUUAAUAAUAUAAAUAACACUGGCGAUUAUGAUAUAAAUGAUCUACAGCAACCUAAAUUAGAUCCAACUUCAUAUGAAGCUUAUCAACAACAAACACAGCAGAAAUAUGCUCAACAGCAAGCUGCUACUAAUAAUAACCAACACCAUCAUCAUCACACUACUCAACAAAAUGCUAACGCUAAUAACUUACAAAACCAAAAUAACCAACAACAAACUGUAUACAAUUAUCAAAAACAACCAACAACUUCAAAUGUUCAAAAUAAUCCAAUGAACAAUACCACUAAUCAUCAUCAGAAUCCAAACGUUAACCAAAACAAAGUAAGUCAAGAUGGCGAUUCAAUUGAAUCAAAGAAGGGGUUCUUUGGAAAACUAGGUUGUUGUUAG